AUGAAGAAUUGUUUGCUCAAACUUGGUAGGUGUUUUUUUAAACUGCUUUCACAUUUCAUAAAUCCAAAGAUUUUUCCCAUAGUUUUGCUAUGUUGUACUAGGUCCAGGUGAAGCCUCUAGGUUUCAGAUUAUCGAAAAAUUGGUCGUGGAGGGUAGUAAAUGGGCAAUACACACGAUCCCGAAAAAAUGGCACUCGGAUGAUUCAGGUAUGUUGAGAAUAUUCACCUGGACCUAGUACAACAUGAAAAACUUAGUGUCUCGAAAUUUCAUUUACAAACUUGGUGAACCUAAAACUAAUUUUUCGGGGUGGAGAAGCACAAACAAUUGAGAAGGGCUUAUAGUAAAUGUCGUCGAACGACCUUAUCUUCUUUAUUUGUUACUAUUUUCAGUGAAUGCAGACGCAGAAGUCCCCAUAGAAGAUCUCGAAAGCAAGCAAUUGAUGCCUAAUAAGGACAAAAACAGAUGA